AUGCAUAUCUUUGUCGCGAUUGCCUGCUUUGUUGGUGCAGCCGUCGCUGCUCCAAGCGGAGGAUAUGAAGUAGCGGCAGUUGACAGCUACUCCAUACCGCGCUAUGAAUUCAACUAUGCUGUCAAUGAUCCACAAACUGGAGACAACAAGGCACAAUCAGAGGUUCGCGAUGGCGACGUCGUUAAGGGUUCUUACUCUCUCACCGAGCCCGACGGCACCUUGAGAGUAGUCGACUACAGUGCAGAUUCUGUAAGAGGUUUUAAUGCUGUCGUCAAGCGUGUUGGAAAUGCAAUCCAUCCACAGACCAUACAAGCCCCAGUGAUUAGUAAACAAUACAUCCAACCGGUGUACGAACAAAUCGCUCCUAUCGCAGCACCCAUCCAUGGUAAGGCUAUCUCUUACUCAUCGAACGUUCUCAAUCUUGGAGGCUUAAAUAAAGGUUUGGAAUUAAAUAACGGAUUGGGACUUAGUGGAUUGGGACUCAGUGGAUUGGGACUCAGUGGAUUGGGACUCAAUGGAUUGGGACUCAAUGGAUAUGGACUCAAUAACGGAUUGGGACUCGAUAACGGAUUGGGACUAAAUAACGGCUGGGGACUAGAUAGCGGUUUGGGAUUGAAAGAAUCCUAUGACCUCGGUCUUAGUUAUGGAGGAUGGAAACAUUGA